GCUGCAGUUCCGGUAGAGAUCCACGUGUUUGUACAAAGGAUCCUCCCCCGCCAUCACUUUCAGAACCUGGCCGCAUUGGAAGCAGUGUGAUGUAGUAAAACAUCCUUCAGCAUUACUAACCUGUAGAGGGUUUGGGUGAUCCUGGCACAGUCUACCUGUUUGUUUAUCACGAGUCGACCAGCACCAGUCACAUUGUCUGCAGACGUAGUAUCGUCUUCAAAUACGCGGGGUUCAACAGUCAACAGUAUAGCUAGAUCAAUACACAGUUGUCCCUAACAGGUUCGUCCUUCUGCCUCUCUAUCGUGGUAAACAAAUGCUCUCGCUGCCAGGAGUAAAUAAGUUCAAAGUCAACGUUGUAUCUAUCUAUGCGACAGCCUUCUUUUGAUACAUGCUUGUGAAGUUUAUCUCUAUGCAUGACUGUAUUUAGUAAUCGUUAUAAUGCUACGAAAUUAACUGCGGAUGUUGGGAAAACCGAUUUCUAUAUUUAGAAAUGAUGUAUCGUUCUCGAACAGUACAUGAUAUGGCAUAACUUAUAACCGACCAGCUUAGCCACGUGAAAGGACACAAGGACGUAUGUAUAACGUCAACGUCAUGGACUCAGUCAGCAACGAUUUCCGAUCAACGUCAUUAACUACCACAGCUGUGGUAAGUGUAGUGAUCGUAGCCUGUAUUUGCCUCGGUCAAUCAUCAACUAACCAUUUACAGAUGACACAAGAACACUUACAAAGAUGCGGUUCUUUCAAAACACAAAAUCGAAACGAUCAUCAUGACAAGAUGUCGGGUGAAAUAGAAUGCAGAAGUGGUUAUUCUUAUGUACGAAAGUCAGCAAGAAAGAAACCAAGAGAUGUGGGUUGUAUUCGUCUGUUGCUUGUGGUGUGUAAUCUGCUACAUGCUUAUUCCUCUCAAACACAUGAAUAUACAUUUCUAAAUUAUAUCGAUGGACAAUGUGAUAAUUCAUUGUGUUCGUCCAUUGAACAUCAGCUGAGUACAGAUAAGUGCAAGAUACGCCCCACACGUGAAAGACAUACACCGACACAUCCUUCUAAUACUGGCGAGCUCAAACAAUUAAGUAGACAUUACAUUAUGAGAACAGUUGAGAAAUAUUUUGACAGUCUUUCUGAGAAAAUAGAAAGAGUUAUUUCUAGUCUAUUUCAAAUCCAGCCCCAGUAUCUGUCAGUGCCCGAGCUGAUGGCCCAGCCCUUCACAACAUCACUGACGACCUAUCUGGGGAGGGUACAGAUGGAGGGACAGGUGCCCGUGGAGGAGGAGAUGUGUCACGAGAUUCGGAGACUGCAGUCCUUCUCUGGGACACCCGUCCAUGCCUCGCCCAUGAGGCUGGCGCAGUCAGGAUUCUAUGCUACAGGUCGCGAAGACGAGGCUCGCUGCUACAGCUGUAGGAAGUCACACACAGGUUGGCAGAUAAUGGACAAACCGGAUGUCCUACACAGGGUUAUCUCCCCUGAAUGUCCACAUCUGAACAGAAAUGAACCUCGAAAUAUACCUUUAUCCUCAGAUUCAAAUGGAAGCACUAUAUAUGGUAUCUUAGGGGAGUAUUCUGGAAGUAAUAAUGUAACAACAACAGAUACAUUACCACCAACUACUACAGAGAUAGGAGCAGCAGCAGCAGCAGAAGCAGCACCUGUUGUGUCUGAAUCCUCCCUGGACAUGAGCACUGCUGUGCAUCCUCUUUACAAGGACAUCCAGAGCAGGCUAGACAGUUACAGGGCCUGGAACACGUCUCACGUACAGGACCCACAGGUCCUCGCUACUGCAGGCUUCUUCUAUGCAGGCUACUCCGACUGUGUGCGGUGUUUCUACUGUGGUGUCGGUCUGAAGACUUGGGAAGAGGGGGAUGACCCCUGGGUGGAGCACGUGCGCUGGAGGUCAUCCUGUAGCUACAUCCGCAGAUUGAAGGGAGAUAACUUUGUCAUACAGGCGCUGACAAACAAGGCAUCUCGCCAGCCUACAGUAAACAAUACCCACAGCAGUCACAGACCCGCUACAUCACUGAACGCGGCCGUCGUGGCGAGGGCGGUGGAGAUGGGGUACACCCGACAGAUGGUGGAGAGAGCGGUGACGGAGAUGUCCCAGUCUUACAACGUUCCCGGUGCUGCAGGGGUGACAGACCAGCAUCCUGUCCAAUUGGAAGCGUUGAUUGAAAGACUGGUUAUCGCGUCUGAAGAAACAGAUGAGAGACAGCGGAUGUCAGACAUCCCCGAGGAGAGGCCCCGGAUAUCAGACGUCCCCGAGGAAAGGCAGCGGAUGUCAGACAUGCCCGAGGAGAGACACCGGAUGUCAGACGUCGCCGAGGAGAGACACCGGAUGUCAGACAUGCCCGAGGAGAGGCCCCGGAUGUCAGACGUCCCCGAGGAAAGGCAGCGGAUGUCAGACAUGCCCGAGGAGAGACACCGGAUGUCAGACGUCCCCGAGGAGAGACACCGGAUAUCAGACGUCCCCGAGGAGAGACACCGGAUAUCAGACGUCCCCGAGGAGAGGCCCCGGAUAUCAGACGUCCCCGAGGAGAGACACCGGAUAUCAGACGUCCCCGAGGAGAGACACCGGAUAUCAGACGUCCCCGAGGAGAGGCCCCGGGUAUCAGACGUCCCCGAGGAGAGGCACCGGAUGUCAUAUAUCCCCCGGGAGAGACACCAUGUAUCUGAAGUUCCCCAGUCCCUCCCCGCAAGAUUGGCACCUCUGCGCAACUCCACUACCGCAAGUCAGCAAACGUCUGUGACUACACCGACUGUGUCAUCUAUACGACAUCCACGUGAACAUAAACCGGGUACCGAGUCCUCCCGCUCCGUGCCCCCUUCCCUGCAACAUCAAAUCAAGGAGGAGAACCGCGCAUUACGAGAUGAGAACACGUGCAAGGUCUGCCUGGACAGAAGUAGCUGUGUUGUCUUCCUGCCAUGCGGACAUCUUGUCACGUGUGCUGAGUGCGCACCGGCACUGCGCAAGUGCCCUAUAUGUAGAUCACUUAUACGUGGAACUGUCAGAACAUACAAUGCCUGAUGUGAAUAAAAUACUUUUACAAGGCACAAAAUAUCCACGGAUUUAAUGUAUUUGGGUGAUCUAUUCAUAUAAUUUUCACAACUAUUUUGUCUUUUACACGCAUCGGAAUCUGUUUCGUUGGAUCUUGACUGGCAAUAUUGUUAAUAUAUAUUUUUUUGGAGUUUAUUCCGAUUAUCCUCUUCAGUGGACCAGUGUAUAGUCUAUAUCUCGUAUUUUAUUUGUAUUAACAAAAUGAUAUAUGUUUUUAUUGAACUGUUUUAGUACUUUACAUUGUGAAUGUUUCACGUAAUAUCUUUUUGCUUAUAUUACUGUUCUUUGUAACAUAUAUUUAUCAAAGUAAAUGUUCCGGUCAUGUCACUUUAUGGCUAUAUUCAGAGUCAAUAGACCAAAAGGAUUGCCAAUAGGAUGUUAUUAUACAAGACUGUUUUAGACUUGUAUGUCUGACCUUUAGUAUUUAAAACCUUUACAAUAAAGAACAUUCAGUAAUA